GACCAUGAAGGCCCAUCUGAAAUUUAAUAAAUAUGAAUGGAUAUUUACCUUUGGGAUGAUUAACAGCUCAAGAUUUUAACACUCAAUCUGGUGGUCUAAGACCCUAUGCAUUGUAAACGAAGUAAGCGGACAUCCUGGGGAGGUCAACUGUUUUCAGAAACUUUACAAUCAUCCUAUGGAGGUGAAUGGGAGAAGCCAAGACUAUUCAAAACCAGUUCAAGUACAAAAAAGUGAACACAGUCAUCCAGGGCUAAAUGGUGAAGCCAAAACUUCAUAAAGCAUUUUUUUCGUAAGAACAUGAUGUCUUCAAAAAUGCUUCUCACCACUGCACAAUGAGGUGAUGGUUAUGUUAUAAAGAAAAGAAACUAUUUAACAAUAAGACUAAAUGGUGAGAAGAAAUACUGUAUUUAGAAAGAACAAUAAUAUGCAAUGUACUAAGAACAUAAAAACAGUCGCAGGAUAUGCUGUGUUUACAAGGCCACAGGGGCAAAGGUCAGACCUUCAAAAAUAUGCUAAGGUCAUGAAAAACAUUAACAAAAUUUAAACAUGUGAUUAAGUUUGUCACAAAAUAUAACCUCAAUGGCCCCAAUAGCUAUGGAAAUAUAGAAUUUGAUAACUCAAUAAAUAGUGUUCUUGUCAUUGCCUAAUCAAGUGUGGUACAGGAUGGGUAAACAUUGCUAAAUGUAUUACAAAAAUUGAGUGUUUACAAAAGUAUAGACUGAGAAACAGAUGGAGAGAAGACUAAGCAGAUUCACAGAUGGAUGCCAAACAACAGGAUAAUACCCCAAGCCCAAGUUUGGGCGAGGAGUAUAAAACACACUGAGUGUUAUUCAAACAUGUGAACUGUGCGUUUGUAGAAUGUUAUGGUUUCUCUUUCUGACAGUCAACAGAUCUCAAGCAACAAUUUACUGUGGAAAAUCUAUACCUAACAGCACUCACAUAACACCAACGCUGGUGACCCAAUCUUCAAAUACAACUCCCGAACGGACCAUUCCCUCCAAUGUCACCAGCCAAACAACCAUGACAAGCAUAACAGAACCAAGUGAGAAUGCCACCACUGUCAACGACACCAGCUCCAUGACCAAUUCUACAACAUGGCCACCUGUUACAACAGAGAACCAAACUGAAAUGUCACCAACUCCUUCACCAAUGAGCAGCACUGCAGUCACCGCAAACUCAACUUCAAAUUCUUCAGCUGUGAACGACCCCACUUUCAACACAGACAGUUCAUCACAAGUUGAAGUAAUCGUAGGCUCAGUGAUUGGUGCAUUUUUUGCUGUUGUCAUAGCAGUGGUGCUUGUCAUCGUUCUCUACAGACGGCACAAAAGCAGAAAAUACACAAAAUCCCAUCAUCCACUAAGCAAUGGGGCAAACACAGCCAGAUAUGAGAAUACCUCUGCGGAUCUCCCACUUGUGGCCAUGGGUCCGUCUCCACACACAACAGGCUAUGACCACAUAGCAGCAGUUGGCACUGUCCAGGGUGAUGACAACAGUGGCAUGUACAACAAUACUGGAAAUGUCUACAACCAUACCCUGGACGAGGAAGAGUAUGACCAUAUACAGACUGUUGCCACAGUCCACCCAUCCAGAGCAAUUCACCGCAAGCAACCAGAUGACACCUAUAACAACUUGUAUGAAGGCCAUAACAGCACUGUCCAGCUUAACGGUUUGUCAGAAAGUACCACUGACAUGAACGACCAUAAUUCUGCUGCCAAUGACAUUUAUUCACAAAUACAAGACAAGCCUCAGUCAGAACAACCUGGAAGUGACACCAUACUUCAUAAAAGCCAUGAAGAAACAAAAGAAGAGUUUGUGGAGAAUGACUUGUACCAAAGUGUAGAUGAAUGUGAAACAGACCAAAGCCCCACCCAACAUGCCCGGGGAGGACAGGGGCUACACUCCUAUCAUGUUUUGGAAAAGGACUUUGGUUCGAGGGUUCCAGAAAAUCCCCCUCAUUCAGCUGACAAGGAUGUCUAUAAAGAUGAGACACCUUCCUCAACUCCUCAUAAAAGCCAUGACCUAACAAACGAGGAAACAGAGUUUGUGGAGAAUGAUUUGUAUCAAAGUGUAGACCAAUGUGACACAGACAAAAGCAUCACCCAACAUGCCCGGGGAAGAAUGGGGCUACGCUCCUAUCAUGUUUUGGAAAAGGACUUUGGUUCGAGGGUUCCAGAAAAUCCCCCUCAUUCAGCUGACAAGGAUGUCUAUAAAGAUGAGACACCUUCCUCAACUCCACAUAAAAGCCAUGACCUAACAAACGAGGAAACAGAGUUUGUGGAGAAUGAUUUGUAUCAAAGUGUAGACCAAUGUGACACAGACAAAAGCAUCACCCAACAUGCCCGGGGAAGAAUGGGGCUACGCUCCUAUCAUGUUUUGGAAAAGGACUUUGGUUCGAGGGUUCCAGAAAAUCCCCCUCAUUCAGCUGACAAGGAUGUCUAUAAAGAUGAGACACCUUCCUCAACUCCACAUAAAAGCCAUGACCUAACAAACGAGGAAACAGAGUUUGUGGAGAAUGAUUUGUAUCAAAGUGUAGACCAACGUGACACAGACAAAAGCCCCACCCAACAUGCCCAGGGAGGACAGGGGCUACGCUCCUAUCAUGUUUUGGAAAAGGACUUUGGUUCGAGGGUUCCAGAAAAUCCCCCUCAUUCAGCUGACAAGGAUGUCUAUAAAGAUGAGACACCUUCCUCAACUCCACAUAAAAGCCAUGACCUAACAAACGAGGAAACAGAGUUUGUGGAGAAUGAUUUGUAUCAAAGUGUAGACCAAUGUGACACAGACAAAAGCAUCACCCAACAUGCCCGGGGAAGAAUGGGGCUACGCUCCUAUCAUGUUUUGGAAAAGGACUUUGGUUCGAGGGUUCCAGAAAAUCCCCCUCAUUCAGCUGACAAGGAUGUCUAUAAAGAUGAGACACCUUCCUCAACUCCUCAUAAAAGCCAUGACCUAACAAACGAGGAAACAGAGUUUGUGGAGAAUGAUUUGUAUCAAAGUGUAGACCAAUGUGACACAGACAAAAGCAUCACCCAACAUGCCCGGGGAAGACUGGGGCUACGCUCCUAUCAUGCUUUGGAAAAGGACUUUGGUUCGAGGGUUCCAGAAAAUCCCCCUCAUUCAGCUGACAAGGAUGUCUAUAAAGAUGAGACACCUUCCUCAACUCCUCAUAAAAGCCAUGACCUAACAAACGAGGAAACAGAGUUUGUGGAGAAUGAUUUGUAUCAAAGUGUAGACCAAUGUGACACAGACAAAAGCAUCACCCAACAUGCCCGGGGAAGACUGAGGCUACGCUCCUAUCAUGUUUUGGAAAAGGACUUUGGUUCGAGGGUUCCAGAAAAUCCCCCUCAUUCAGCUGACAAGGAUGUCUAUAAAGAUGAGACACCUUCCUCAACUCCUCAUAAAAGCCAUGACCUAACAAACGAGGAAACAGAGUUUGUGGAGAAUGAUUUGUACCAAAGUGCUGAUCAACUCUAA